CGCGCACUUACACAAUUAUUUUUGUGGUGUUAUGAACUUAAAAUAGUUCAAAAUGUCGUUUUGAGUUCAAGGACACGUCGUAUUGAAGCAGUGAUCGUGUAUGUACCGCUUUGUCGUUUGAAGCGCUCAUCACGCGCAAACAUGGUGAUUGUAACCAACGUCACCACCAUCAUAAGCAUCGCCUUCUCUUUGUACCGUUAAUCGAAUGUUCUCCUACCUUGAGCCAUGUCCACCUCCGUUCAGAUUCGCGACUCCGGCAUCGCCGUGGACGCAGUCGACGGCUUCAACUCUCCGGCGAAGCAGAAAGCGGCCAGCCGAAGUGCCUAUGGCAACCGCCCCCUUCUCUCCCUCCGCCGAGCCAAACAGUUCCUCGGGGCCGCCAAGUUCAAGCUCUUCUUAGCGCUGUUUGCUCUCUCCGCCGUCGUUUUGAUCACCGCCAGACUCAGUUCGUGGAUGGGUUGGCACCUUCACAACCCUUCUUCGGUUACUUCAAGGGCUAGCUAUACUGUGCUUAUAAACACUUGGAGGCAAAAAUCUCUUCUGAAACAAACUGUUGCUCAUUAUGCAUCCUGUCGAAGUGCCGAUGCAAUGCAUGUGGUGUGGACUGAAAGUGAGCAACCAUCUGCGAGGCUGAAAACAUAUCUUAAUAAGAUUGCGGUUUCGAAGUCUCAGAAAGCUCACAAACCAAACUUUAGAUUUGACAUCAGUGCAGAUUAUGAGUCAAACAGCAGGUUUAGACCAAUUAAGGACCUCAAGACUGACGCAAUUUUCUCAGUUGAUGAUAAUGUUAUUGUUCCAUGCUCUACUCUAGAUUUUGCUUUCUCUGUCUGGCAAAGUGCACCUUCCACAAUGGUGGGAUUUGUUCCUCGAAUGCACUGGCUGGAUAAGGAGCAAAAUAAUGUUGCAUAUUACAGGUAUGGAGGAUGGUGGUCUGUUUGGUGGAUGGGCACUUAUAGCAUGGUUCUCUCAAAGGCUGCAUUCUUUCACAGGAAAUACUUGGAUUUAUAUACUCAAGAGAUGUCUCCAUCAAUUCAGGGCUAUGUUUCCAGGGAUAGAACUUGUGAAGACAUUGCAAUGUCCCUUCUCGUUGCUAAUGCUACAGGUGCUCCUCCAAUAUGGGUGAAAGGCAAAAUCUAUGAGAUUGGUGCGUCGGGUAUUAGCAGUCUGAGAGGGCAUAGCCCCAGGAGAAACAGAUGUCUCAAUGACUUGAUAUCGCUGUACAAAACUUCUCCACUUGUGUUAACUAAUGUGAAAGCAGUUAGUGCUAGAAAUGAAUGGUUAUGGUAGAUUUGUUGAUUCAUUUAUCAGUAACCAAGUCGACGAUCCAUUCCACUUCCAAAGAAAAAAUAUAAAGAACAAAACUAAAGAUUAAAUAUUGUGUUUGUGUAUAAUAGUUUCACACUUCUACAGUAAUGUCAACUACAUUUUGAUUCAUUGA